GGAGAACGCCGUGUGGUGGCGCGCGCCAUGGCAUCGGGCGCCUACGGACUGGGGAGUGCGUCGGGCGCCGACGUCAGUGUGAGUGUGGCCGAGACGAUGCUGAACUCGCCCGGGUACGUGCUGCGUGACGAGAUGAAGUACAUCCCGCACCCGCAGCCGAGUCCGAUGUCGCACAAUCCGUGGAUGCUGCCGGCGCAGGCCGAGUCCGUGCACUGGACGCUGCACCCGCACGUCAGCGUGCACGAGGACGUGAAGCACCCGGCCGAGCUGACGCACGUCAGCCGUGUGCCGCAGCACGUGCCGCCGCCGUCGUGGCACCCGUCCGUGUCGCCCUCCUAUCUCAGCCCGCCGCCCAACGGCGCGCCGCCUCCGCAGCACCCGGCCUACAGCAUGCACAGCAUGAUGCCGCACCAGCUGCACCCGGGGCACCUGAGCCGCGAACCGCACGAGCUGAUGAUGCCGCAGAGCGAGCCCAGCCAGGAGCCGGAGGAGGAGGCGCCCUCUGACGACGACCUGGCCGUGUUCGCCAAGCAGUUCAAGCAGCGCCGGAUCAAGCUGGGCUUCACGCAGGCCGACGUGGGCCUGGCGCUCGGCACGCUCUACGGCAACGUCUUCAGCCAGACGACCAUCUGCCGCUUUGAGGCGCUGCAGCUCAGCUUCAAGAACAUGUGCAAGCUGAAGCCGCUGCUGCAGAAGUGGUUGGAAGAGGCCGACUCUACCACGGGCCUGACGGCAUCCGUCGAUCGGAUGGCCGCGCAGGGCCGAAAGCGGAAGAAGCGCACCAGCAUCGAAGUGUCGGUCAAGUCGCUGCUGGAGCAGCACUUCAUGAAACAGCCGAAGCCGGCGUCGCCCGAGAUCAGCAGCCUGGCCGGCUCACUGCAGCUGGAGAAGGAGGUGGUGCGCGUCUGGUUCUGCAACCGCCGCCAGAAGGAGAAGCGCAUGACACCGCUGGGCCCGUGCACGGGCUACGAUAAGGGAGACGGUGGCUCGCCUCAGUCGUAUGUCUCGCAGUCGGAGCUGCAGCAGAUGCAGGCGUCGCUUGGGCCGCCGCAGCCGCUGCCGCAGCAGCAGCGCGCGUCGCCCCACCAACACCAGCAGCAGCAGCAG